CGUUGAGCUCCAGCAAUCCGACUGUCAACUUGAAAUGCGCUGAGGAAUUGGAUGGGUCUUCAAGACGCAGUCAUCGCGAGGGUUAAUAUAGAACCUUCUUGCUAGUACGCUUCCCUCGUGGUUACAGAAUGGCGGAUGCGUCAAAACAGCCGAUAGAACUAACCCCAAAAGAAGAAGCGGCUCACUUCCAACAACUCCUCCGUGAGCUAGCAAUAUCCGACGGCGGAGUGGGUUCUGAUGGAACUGAGAAUUUUGAUCAAAUAUCAUACGUCAUCAAACAAAUCCUGCAAACUGGAAAAGAAGAUGUCUUUGCCGACCAGCUGACGGGGUUUAUUCAUAGGAAGGAGGCAGAGAUCGAGAAGAUGUGCGUCUUCCAUUAUCAGGAAUUCGUACAAUCCGUUGAUCAGCUCCUGAAAGUGAGGCAAGGGACGGUUACGUUAAAGGAUAAAAUAAAAGAUCUCAAUGAACAGAUGCAAUCAUCUGGCAGUAAGACUAUUGCCAAGAAAAAGGAAAUCAUAGAAAGUCGGCAGACGUUGUUGAAUAUCGAGCUUGCUGUCGAAUCCCUACAGUCAUGCUUAUUUGUACUGGAUAUUGCCAACAAAGUGAAUGCAAGCAUCGAAAGCCGCAAGUAUUAUUCCGCGCUGAAGAUGUUGGAGGAGCUGCAGGCAACACAUUUGCGGCCGGUGACACAAUACAGUUUUGCCAAACACAUGCAGGAGUACAUUCCCAUUAUGCAGGAAAACAUCCGCGAGGCUGUAUUGGAGGAAAUGCAAGAAUGGCUAGUCAAUAUACGGGAAAACACCCGAGGAAUAGGGAAAAUGGCAUUGGAGCACAUAGCUGCAAAGCAAGACAAAGCAAAGGAUAAAGCCGGAAAGCUUGCGCGGGGAAUGUCCGUUUCUGCUAGUAGCCUUAAUCUCGGCCAAUCACUGGAGCUGCUCGCUGAUCAUGGUGACGACCACGAAAACGACGAAACGAGGAUUGAUUUCAGACCCUUGUAUCAAUGUUUGCAUAUCCAUGAAGUACUGGACAAAAGAAAUGAUUUCCGAAGCCUCUAUGAAGAGAAGAGAAGAAUGCAAGCGCGCUUGCUGGUGGGACAACGAUUCUCUUUUGAGACUGGCGACCUUUCCGGAUUUGAUAGAUACCUUCACGACGUUGUCGGCUUCUUUAUCAUUGAGGCAAUCGUCAUGAAUUCUACCCAGAACUUUCGUUCGCGAAGCGGCGUAGAAAGUCUGUGGUCCAAUGCAACCGAUAAAAUGAACGAGGUUAUUACGGAUAGUUUGCAGGACUGCCGAGACCCUGACCUGUUCCUGGCCAUUAAGCUCCGAGUUGUGAACUUCAUUGACACUAUGGAGUCGUACGGCUUUGCAGUGACUAGCCUCAUGGAUUUGAUGCUAUCUCUACUUGAUCGCUACGGUGAACUGAUGAAAUCAAAGUGUAGCGAGAGCUUAGUUGAGACUGUAGAAGAGGACGAGUACGCCCCCAUGAUUGUCAAUGACCAACAAGAAUAUGACAAAGUUACCGUCGCUUUCAAACUCAAAGACGAUUCCAAGACGAGAAAUCUCAAAUAUGUGUCCAAAGAAUGGGCGUCUAGCAUCCGAUUUCCGAAAACUUUACCCUUCUCCAAAGGCUUUCCACAAUGCUGCGACCGCAUCAAGCAAUUCAUUACCGGUUUCUACAGAUUUGCAGAGGGCUUCGAGCAACAGUACAACGAAAUGGACGAUUUGCUCAAAAAAUCUUUGGAGAAUCUUUUGGUGCAGACGCUCAAUGGCACCUUAAUGAGGAAGAUAAUGGUGAAUAACAUGUCUCAAGUCGUUCAAAUAAUGAUCAAUCUCGAGUACUUCGAGAUGGCAUGCGCGGAGUUUGAGCAGCUUCUGAUGGAAAACAGGACAGCACAUAAAGCGGGUAUCAUUCGGCUAUCCGCGACCCAAGUAUUUAAAGAAUCCCGAAUUUUGGCAGAGAAACGCCUGUUUGAGCUGCUAAACAUGAAAAUGGACGAAUUCUUGGAACUUGCGGAUUACGAUUGGAACAACCCGCUCCCAGCCAAAAGCCAAGAUGGUCACAGCGCAUACUUGGAUGACCUGGUCACCUUCAUGAACGCCAUUAUCACGUCAACAUUGAUCAACCUUCCCUCUAACAUGCGCAGCCAAAUCUACCUAGGCGCAUUUAAGCACCUAGCAUCCGCAAUUUAUGGUCUCCUAUUAGAUCCUGAUAUUAAACGCCUCAGCCCUGGAAUAAUCGACAUAUUCGAUAACGAUGUCGCAUUCUUGGAAAAGUUUGCGGCGGGUGUGGGAGAAGCCAGUGUCACUGAUGCUUUCGCAGAACUGAGACAGACUAUUCUUCUACUAAAGUCAUCCAACUACGAGGACAUUCUGAAUCCGGCGAUUAGGGACAAGAGAUAUUCGCGUAUCAAAUUCAACAACCUCGCUGUUGUGCUUGAAAAAAUGAAGGGCGAUACCUCUGUAUUUGCAAAAUCGACUCCGGCAGAGAAAGCCAAGAGGAAGAGCAUUGAUACAGUUCUAAAGGGUAUCAAAACCCAGCAAUCAUCGUCACCAACGAAAUAGCGAAGAUUCACCGCGUCACAAGUCCGGCACUGUGGUUUACUUGGAGGGAGACUAUCGACCGGCCUAGGGUACAUAUCUAAUGUGUUGCCAAUACGCCAACCUUUAUCAAAGUGAACUACUUCCAGUAUUAGUCUCCUUGCAAUUAUACCCCCUUAUCCCCUUGAGGAUCAUUAUAUGAGAUUAGAUUGUCUUGGCCAAUCCCAACUUUCCACUUCCA